AACUCACUCUUAAAAAGGCCAAAUGGCACCAUCCAUCAAAAGAGGAAAAGGCAAUUUUGGAAACUUUAUUUGCAUUUGACGCAAUGCCACCUGAUACAACUAUUGAUUUAGUAUUGGAAACUCUACUAACUUAUUGGGAUGGUUGGACAAAGAAAAAGAUUAGAGAUGCAUAG